UCCUUCCUCACCAGAGCAGAGGGCGAGAGGACAGGAGGGUACAGCCUUGCAGUCCGGUGCAAAUAUGGCGGGUUGUGAGGGCGAGGUGGUGCGGCCAUGGUAUGGAGCUUUUUCUGAGAGCGACGCGCCAUCCUCAUCAGCGUUAGCUCCCAUGUCCGAGGAGGAGAAGCCGAGGAAGAGGAGAGCUUUCUGCCUGGUUAGGAUGAAGUCCCGCAACAGCAACAACAGCAGCAGCAGCAGCAGCAGCAAGCAGCAACAGCAACAACAGGCUGCAAAUAACAACAUGCCUUUCAUCAUCCAUUGCCAAAUAGGCAGAGAAAUCAAACACAUAUGCAGCAACUGCCGAGGAGUGGAUCCUCUGGAGGGUGAGAGGACUGAGGAGGUGGAGAGACUAGCAGCGAUGCGUUCCGAUUCCUUGGUACCAGGCACACACACACCUCCCAUUCGACGGCGGAGCAAGUUCGCCACCCUCGGGCGUCUGUUUAAGCCAUGGAAAUGGAGGAAGAAGAAGAGCGAGAAGUUCAAGCAGACCUCUGCUGUGUUGGAGAGGAAGAUGUCCACUCGCCAGAGCAGAGAAGAGCUGAUCAAGAAAGGCGUGUUGAAGGAGGUUUAUGAGAAAGAUGCAUCAGCCCCCGCUGUGCGAGAGGAAGUGAAGCUGGAGAAUGGUCGUUCUCCUGUGCUUGGCUCUGGCCUAUCAGAGUGUGAAGGUGCUGAGCUCAUGGACGGAGCAGCUUCAGCUGCAGGCACAUUGGAGUUCCAGAUGUCUGGUGAGGGGGCAUGUCAACAGGACCACACCCAGAAAACCAACCAGGCUCCUCCCACUAAGAAGUCCACUUUGUAUCCAGGUGACUGCUCUGAAUCGCCACUCUCUAGACCUCCUACGCUUCACAAACAGCCCCCCGCGCUGCCACCCAAACCCUUCAACAGGCUGCCUAAUCACAUAACAGACGGUGCCCCUGUGAAGUUGCCGUGUAUGUCGGUGAAGUUAUCUCCUCCUCUACCUCCAAAGAAGCUCAUGAUCUGCGUGCCUGCAGGGAGCAUGGAGCCCUCACCCCUCACCUUCCAGAAGUGCCCCGCACCCCCUAGCCAUGCUUCACUAAGUGGGCACUCCCUGCAGUAUGGGACCCUGCCAGUUCCUCUCCAUCCACCCAGUCGAAUCAUAGAGGAGCUCAAUAAGACACUGGCCCUCACCAUGCAGAGGUUUGAGAGUUCCAUGAUGCACACUGCUCCCACGGUGAUGAUCGAGUGUGACGAUGACAAAGAAAACCUUCCCAAUGAGGCGGACUACGAGGACCUGCCUAGCAUGUACAAGGACGAGGAAGAGGAGGAGGAAGAGGAAGACGAGGAAGAAGAGGACGAGGAAGAGGAAGAUGAUGAGGAAGAUGACGAUGAUGCACUGUUUACAAGCACACUGGCGAUGAAGGUGUUAAGAAAAGAUUCACUGGCCAUCAAGCUGAGUAACCGUCCAUCUAAGAGGGAGCUGGAGGAGAAGAAUAUCCUGCCCCUGCAGUCUGACCAGGAGAGGCUGGAGUCACGCCAGCAAAUAGGCACCAAGCUCACACGGCGGUUGAGUCAACGGCCAACAGCAGAGGAACUGGAGCAGAGAAACAUACUCAAACCACGCAAUGAACUGGAGGAGCAAGAGGAGAAGAGAGAGAUCAAGAGACACCUAACAAGAAAGCUUAGCCAGAGACCCACAGUGGAGGAACUGAGGGAGGCAAAGAUUCUCAUCCGCUUCAGUGACUAUGUAGAGGUAGCCGAAGCUCAGGACUACGACAGGAGGGCGGACAAACCGUGGACUCGGCUCACAGCGGCUGAUAAGGCUGCUAUACGGAAGGAGCUAAAUGAGUUUAAAAGCACAGAGAUGGAAGUGCAUGAGUCCAGUCGCCAUUUGACCAGGUUUCAUCGGCCAUAAAACUAUUCAGUCAGACAUUGGACAUGCUUUUAUACUCCCACACAAGCCUCAAGUGUUAGACUGCAACCUGCUACCCCCGUACUGCUAACUGCUACCCUCUCCAGUGUUGACUUCAACCUGAUGGACUGGCCCUCAACAGCAUCAAGUCUUUUAAUUGUUAUCCAGAUUUCUCUGUGUACUUGUGCCACACCAGGGAAUGGGACCACAUACGUACAUUCAGAGGCACUGAUGGAUUUAAACUCUCAACUGGCUUCUCCCCUUGGUGGAGAUUUUACAGACUUCUUGUUAUUCAACAGCCUUUUAUUGUCAUUUUUUUAAUGAUGAAGAGGUCGUGAUAUGUUUACUUUCCUGCACUUUUCUUUUAGUUGGCACUCUGAACACGGCGUUUGAGAAUCAAAGUCAAUGUCUGUGCCAAUUGCAAUGGGGCGAUUGAGGAUGGAAAUGACAGGUGAGGAUGGGACAUUGUUUACACAAAGGUUGUUUUCUUGCCUUUCACCGUGUCCUCUCUCCCCUUUCUCAGUUAACUUAUAUUUUCGCGGGCAACAUGCUUGUGUUGGGCACAUUCCGGUUUUCUUCCACAUAUUACGUCCUCUCUUGGAUCAUUUCUCUUUUUACAAGAACAAAACUAUUUACAACAGCUCAUGCAGUUGUAGGCAGCUGUAUCUUAAGCCAAAAUGUCCUAAGAAUAGAUCCUAAUCCAAGUCUCAAAAUGUUUUCUACAAAACCAUUACAGUACCAGUUAAGAUCUUCUAACCCAUACAAAACAAUCAACCAAGCAAUAAUUGUUUUCUUUUCUUAUUUCCCCAUCUGUUUAUGGGCUGCAUUCAAGAGCUCAAACACAUUUCAGUUUUAGCUGUCCAUUCUAAACCAAAGCAACUCGAUUUGCUGUGGAGGUUGUAAUCUUGAAUGCAUCCCAGAAUGAGAUGUUGAGAGUUCUGUAACCCACUGUGUCACUGUGCCUACAGUAUUGUUUACAGGGAUUAAACAAUUGCCAAAUUAACUUGUUGCAUUUGAUACAGUAUGUUAUCUGUAGACACAGUAUAAUGUUGCUGAACUCUAAUGAAUGACAAGUAAAUGGACUGUUUUUUUAUAUUUUAUAGUUUAUUGUCUGUACAAACCUUCAGCAGUACAAAAUAAUAUGGAAACCUUGCCACCUUUCUUUCAAAUAUUGUUUACAGUGCAAACACAGUUAAUGAAUUGGCGGUUUUGAUCAUAUUGGAGAACUGGUUGCUCUGUUUUGUGUCAUGACUGUGUGUGUACGUGUGUUUGUGUGUGCGCUUGUGUGUGCGCUUGUGUACAGGAGUCAGUAAUGUUACUGUCACUUGUACUUUUCAAAUGUUUUAAAAUGUAAUUCUGUCAGAAUUAUAAGAUAUGUACAUAAAGAAACAAAGUGAGACUUUUCAAAUGUUUUUUUGUAAAGCAGAAAAGCUGCA